AAUUGCAGACGAUUGCGCUGCCAAAUAGGCAUUUAAAACCUAUAAAAUUAGAAUCGAGGAUCCAUUCGACGCUAUUGUUAGAGCUUGGAGGAUCGAACUUGUAAAAAAACUACUACGUUGAAGAAGUAGACGAAGGGCCGAAAUGUGGUUAAGCCCUAACAAAACCUCUGAGGAUUCACGCUCUCGGGACGAGUGAUUUUUCGAGGGAAAUGAAUCGUCGGAGUUUAAUCUCGCCGGCAGGUUUACGGCAGCUUUGCACUUCAGCCGCUGAGUUGACGCGUGGUCCUCUGAAUGAUCAGCGGCGGCUCUACCCGAGGCUGUCGGCGCUGGGUGCCUCCGGCGGUAGCGUGGCGCGGACAUUGAACCAGUUCAUCAUGGAGGGAAAGAUCGUCAAAAAAUACGAGCUCGAGAGAUGCAUAAAGGAGCUCCGGAAGUAUCGCCGGUACCACCAUGCCCUCCAGAUAAUGGAAUGGAUGGAGAUGAGGAAUAUCAACUCUUCCUUCACUGACUAUGCACUACGUUUAGAUCUUAUAUCAAAGGUUAAAGGAAUUGCUGCUGCUGAGAGUUAUUUCUGUGAUCUGUCACCAUCUGCAAAGAAUCGAUUUACUUAUGGAGCUCUUUUGAACUGCUAUUGCAAGGAAAUGAUGCAGGAAAAGGCUUUGGCUCUUUCUAAGAAGAUAGAUGAGUUAAAGUUUGCUUCCAAUUUGUCCUUUAACAAUCUCAUGACCAUGUAUAUGAGAAUGAAUCAACCGGAAAAAGUGCCUCCUCUUAUAGAUGAAAUGAAGCAGAGAGGCAUUUUUCUUAGCACGUAUACGUACAAUGUCUGGAUGAACAGCUGCGCUUCUCUGGAUGACGUUGGAAAAGUGGAAGAAAUUCUUGAGGAGAUGAAAAAUGAAGACAGAAACAAAUUUGAUUGGACGACAUUUUCUAACUUGGCUGCUAUCUAUGUCAAGGUAGGACAGCUUGACAAAGCUGAAUUAGCUCUUAAAAAGGUAGAGGAAGAGAUCAAAUCCAAUAAGCAGAAAUGUCUGGCGUACCAUUUCUUGAUAAGCCUUUAUGCAUCAACUUCUAAUCUGAGUGAGGUGAAUAGGAUAUGGAAGGCACUGAAAUCAGUCUAUCCAAUGACGAAUAAUAUAAGUUAUCUUGUCAUUCUUCAGGCUCUCAGCAAACUAAAGGAUUUUGAUGGUCUUAAAAAAACUUAUAACGAAUGGGAAUCUAGUUGCUCCAUCUUUGAUUUCCGGUUAGCAGCUGUUACCAUUGGGGCUUACCUACGCCAGGACAUGUACAAAGAUGCUGCAUUGAUCUUUGAGGAUGCCAUUAAGAGGAGUAAAGGACCUUUCUUAAGGGCCCGAGAAAUGUUCAUGAUUUAUUUCUUGAAGUUGAAGCAAGUGGAUUCGGCGCUAAGUCAUUUGGAAUCAGCUAUAUCUGAAAGCAAGGACAACGAAUGGCAUCCAUCACCGGCAAUGGUAAAUGCUUUUCUGAAGUACUUCGAGGAAGAGAAAGAUGUUAAAGGUGCUGAAGAUUUUGCCAAGAUUUUAAAGAGUUUUAAUUGUCUAGACUCCAGUGCAUACCAUCUGUUGCUCAAGACAUACGUAGCUGCAGGAAAAUCAUCCCCAGACAUGCGUCAAAGAUUGAAAGAAGACAAGAUUGAGAUAAGCAGUGAACUUGAGGAGUUACUCGAGGCGAUUUGCUAAACACAGGCUUGUAUAAGUGUUUCGUUGGUUUGUGGUUGAGUUGGACCAAUUUUGUUUUCACUUGUUAUCGUCACAAAGUUCAGGAGAAAAUUGUAGCUGUAUUCUGAAGAGGAGAGAAAAGGGGAGCAAGGAAUCUUAUAUACCAGGUAAAAUAUGUAGCUUUCCUUUAGACUUGACAAAGUCAUUCUCUUUCCCACUGAUAAUGCAUUGAUUUAGGGGCCUGAUUUUUCCUUAAUUGCCAAUGAUUUCUUCUGUGAUGGAGAAAAUGCUCUCCUUCAAUACCGUUCAAAACUUUCUACAA